AUGAUGAGUGAUAAAUCUGAAUUCGAUCAUUAUCCAUUAAAUUUUUUCAACCAGAAUGAUGAACAGUCUGUAUCGCGGUAUGGAAUCAUUGUUUUGAACUAUUCAAAAGCAAGUAUUGAUAAGUGGUUAACAGAAAAACUCUGGUCUCAAGCAACUAUUCGAACAUGUGCAGAUGGUGGAAGUAAUCAAUUACGAAAAUUCACUAUUGAAAAGAAGGAAAGUCGUUUCGAAGAUUUCAAACCCGAUUUUAUCAGCGGUGAUCUGGAUUCGAUUCAACCUGAAACUCGACAAUUGUAUGAAGAGAUUCUUCAAGUGCCCGUCAUUGAAACAGAAGAUCAAAAUGCAACGGAUUUUACCAAAUGUUUACAAAAGACCAUCGAAAAAGUAGGUGAUCCAGCUCUUGAACACUUUUACAUCUUCUGUACAUUUGGCGGCCGUUUUGAUCAAGCCAUGAGCAUCAUUCAUACUCUAUAUCUCUAUGCAAGUCUCAAUAUAUUUCUCAUCUCCGAUCACGAUGUCACAUUUCUACUCAAACCAGGACUCAAUCGCAUCCAUCAGAUAGAAUCGAAUAUGUGCGGUAAAUAUUGCAGUUUGAUUCCAUUUACUGGUCCCGUUCGAAUAUUAACAAAUGGUCUUCAAUGGAAUCUUGAUGACAAAAUGGAACUUAAUUUUCACACAUUGAUCAGUACUUCAAAUGCGUACAGUAAACCGACGAAUGAAUUUAUUACGAUUGACACACCUCAAUCUCUCAUCUGGUCAAUGACAUUCGCCAGUGAUGAUUGA